AUGCUUAAAUUACAAAGUAAUAAUGUAAAAAUAUAUAAUCUUAGUGCUGGAAAGUCCUUACCGGAGUGGGUAAAUGAUAGGGCAAGAAGAAAGUUAGAGCAAAAAGAUAUAGAUUUGCGUAGGAGGAUAAUGUUAGUUCAAGAUUUUGAUAUGCCUGAUGUUUCACAUAAAUUAGCAUUAACAAGAGAUGGAAGAUAUUGUUUUGCCGCUGGUAGUUAUAAACCUUUUCUUAAAUGUUUUGAUUUAAAUGAUCUUUCAAUGAAAUGGGAGAGAGGUUUGGAUUGUGAUGUUGUAUCAAUAUGCCCAAUUUCAAAUGACUACUCUAAAGUAGUAUUAUUAGAAGAAGAAAGAAUGAGAAUUCCUAAAUUUGGUAGAGAUAUGUGUUUUUCAAGAGAAACUAGUGAUCUUUUUAUUGUUGGAAGUGGUUCUGAUGUAUUUAGGUUAAAUUUAGAAGAAGGAAAAUUUAUGGAACCUUUUAAUACAACUUCAGAUACUCUUACAUGUUGUAAAUUAAAUGAUGAUCAUCAAUUAUUUUUGUGUGGUACUGAUGAUGGAAAAAUUUUUGCAUUUGAUCAUAGAGAUAAAAGUAAUGUUGGAAUUUUAGAUUGUGCUUUAGGUCAAUACUCUGAUACAAAUAAUUAUUUAAAAACAAUUUAUGAUAUCCCUGAAAUUAAAACAAUUAAGUUUCGUGAUCCUAUGACAUUUGGUGUUGGUACAACUACUGGACAUGUCUUAAUUUAUGAUAUUAGAUCAUCAAGGCCAUUAUUUGUUAAAGAUUUACAGAUGGGUCUUCCAGUUAAAAAAUUAGAUUUUGUUAAAGAAUCUAAUGCAGCUAUUAGUAUGGAUAGUCAAGUACUUAAAGUUUGGGAUUGUAAUAGUGGAAAACCAUUAUGUGCUAUUGAACCUGGUGUUGUACUUAAUGAUUUUGUAAGAUAUCCUAAUAGUGGUUUGUUUUUCUUUGCUAAUGAGGGUCAAAAAAUGCAACAAUAUUUUGUUCCUUCAAUUGGACCUGCUCCUAAAUGGUGUUCAUAUCUUGAGACUAUUACUGAAGAACUUGAGGAGACAGAUCAACCUAUAAUAUUUGAUGACUAUAAAUUUGUCACAAAAGAACAAUUAGAAGAUAUUGGAUUGGCAGAUUUAAUUGGUACAAAUGUUGUUAAAAGUUACAUGCAUGGAUACUUUAUUGAUAUUAAAUUAUAUAAUAAAGCUCAAACAUUGACACAACCAUUUGCAUAUGAAAAAUACAAAGAAAGAAAAUUAAAAGAAAAACUUGAGGAAGAAAGAUCUGCAUUACCAAUAGUUAAGAAAGAACCAUCUGUAAAAGUAAAUAAAUUGUUAGCUAGAAAAUUACAAGAAGAACAGCAGUUAGCAAGUAAAAAAAUUAAUAAUAAAAAAGAAGCAAAGAAAGUUACAACACGAGCCGCAGCAGCUUCUGAACUACUUAGUGAUGAAAGAUUUAAAGGUUUGUUUGUUAAUCCAGAUUAUGAAGUUGAUGAAGAAAGUGAGCAUUAUCAACGAAUGGCACCAGUAAUCGAAAGAUUAAAAGAGAAAAAUAGGAAUAAAAAUAUGUCAGACGACGACGAUGAUGAUGAUAAUGAUGAUGAUGAUCAAUUAGAAACUAAUAAUAUGCAUAUUGAUGAUGAUGAUGAUAAAGAUAUGUCACAUACUAGUGAUAUGGAUAAUGACAUAUUUGGAGAUGAAUCGGAUAAUGAUUUAUCCGAACAGUCAGAUGAUAGUGAUGAACCAAAAGAAAAAUUAAAGAGGCCAGUCAAAGGGAUUCAAAGAAAGGGUGAAAAACCUAAAGGUUUCAAACUUAUUUCACUUGACAAACAGAAUGAUUUCAAUAUAUUUCACCAAAAAGUUGACGAAGAUGAGAAUGACUUACUUAUGCGUGAUCGAAAGAAAACUACUGAAGUUGGUGAAGCAGCUGUCAUUGAUGAUACACCUUUUGGAGGAAAAACUAUGGUUUUCAAAUAA